UAAUAAUACCGAAACAAAAUAUCGACAAAAAUUACCAGCACAGCGGUACAUUGAAGCAAAAUUACCGGUAAAGUUAUAUAUCAAAACGGUUCUGAUAAUGAAAAUUCGGUCUUUCGGUAUACCGUAUACAUCGGUACACAACAUAUCCCUAAGUGACACGUGCGAGCAGUGGUGCUUGCAGGGCAUUAUUUGUUUCGUGUGUCGUGCUCUCUGCUCUCCUUGUACUGAUAGGAAAAUGACCAGAGUGUAAUACUGAAGAGAAGGAGGACUUACGAAGCGACAUAAAGCGGAAGAAGUCACAAGAAGAAGGGUAUAGAGAAGUUGUGGUGCCGCUAAUCGCCCAUACCUUCCCUCCUCCACAGACUGUGCAUCAUGGAGCCUGUUGUGAAUGCAGUAUUUGUGUCUUCCCUCAACACUGGGACAGAAUCUCUUCAGGUCUAUGAUUGUGACACUGGGACUCAACUGAAGAGCUAUCGAGGACAGCCAGUUGCUGCUUCUACCCUCUGCUCUGUUGGACAUGCAUCUCACUUACUGGUGGCUCAGAGAGACAAGCCAUUCCUGCAGACUUGGGCCAUCCACCAGCAUGAUGUGCAGCAAAUCCGGCUGGUUGUUCCUGGCAAAGUCACCGCCAUGGCAGUAAACUCGGCAGGACAAAAGUACUGUGUCAUUGGAAUCAAUGAAAAAAUUCACAUCUACAAAUUGUUGUCUGGUCGCCUGAUUGGCAUUGCAAACCGCCAUUACCAGCCAGUUACUCGUUUGGUAUUUUCACCUUGUGGGAACUACUUUGCUUCGGGUGGGGAGGACGGCUUUGUGUACCUGUGGAGCUUGUCCAGCUUCAUUGAGAGGCUGCACCAGAUCCAUGCACCCCAAUCUCAGCCACACUUUGUUUUAGGACAGCACUCAGAUAAGAUUACAGGUUUGAUCUUCACCUCAUCAGGGAUGCGAGGGUUCCUUGUGUCAUCCUCCUUGGACCACACCGCCCGUGUGUUUGACAUGGUGACUGGCCGCCCUGUGUAUUGUCUGGUCACUGCUGAUGCUGUGACGAGUGUUGCCAGUAAUACAUUAGGGUCUCAGGUCUUCCUAGGUCAUGCUGAUGGCACUGUCAAGGUGGUGAAUUUGCUUCCUUCUGAUGUUCAUGGGGAUAUUGAAGUGAGUUGCAAAGGAGUAAUGUGCCAUGAAAAGUGUGUGCGACAUCUUGCUGUGACACCUUCAGGCAGCCACCUGGUCAGUGGAGGAGACGAUGGAGAAGUGAAGGUUUGGGUAGUGACAAACAGCACACUAGGAAGUCAUGAAGCUGCUGCCAAGAGACAACCUCACUUGGCUCACAGAAGAACAAUCCACACUGGCCGAGGACCAAUCACCAACUUGGCCAUAAAGCAAAUCAAUAGAGAGGUACUGAGUGAAGGAGAAAUGACAACAAAAGAAGUUAUUGCUCCCUUUAGCCAAGAUCAUUCCAAUCCACUAAGUUGUCCAGUCACCGUGCCAAUCAAAGGAAGGUGUAAUCCACAUCCACACUUACAAGAUCUUUUCACUUCUCCACUUAUGUCAAGUAUUCCACAAGUAUCUGGGAAUGGUGGAGGGUUGGGAGUCAGCAGCGAUGCUCAGAACACAGUAGAUCAGCUCAAGAUGACAAACUCUCAACUCUUCAAAUUUGCACUCAAGCACAUCAUUGGUGAAGGAGAUCUGUGAUACAGGCAUCUUGUGUCACAGAGGAUCACCUACAGUUACUGGAAGGAACCCUUGUAUUCCUUGAGGGUGUGGCUGCCUUUUGAACACCUUGGUUAGACUUGUGGAGUGGCAGUGUUGCUGUUCAAUGAAUAGUUUAUUUUCAAUUUUUUUUCCAAUAAAGAUUCUUUUUGUAUAGACAUUUUGAGGUAAAAAAUAUAUGAAUACAUAUGAAAA